GUUGCAGAACCUCGAGGAUUUUUUGAUCACACUUUAAGCUGCAUAAGCUCAAGUGUAACAGAGAGAAGACUACAAGGUACUUGUCCACCAAUUCCCCGUGGAGGUUUUGGAAAGCCCUACUUUGGUACAAAUGGUUUCAACUUUCCUUUUAUAAAUUCUCGGACUGGUUUCCACACUAUCCAUUCUGAGAACAGCCCAGUAAAGCCAAGGAUUGUCACAGUAGUGAAACCCUGUGGGCAUGCAGUCAGGAAGAUAACAUUGCUUCUAAAUCGGCGUUCUGUUCAAACAUUUGAACAGCUGAUUGCUGACAUCUCAGAAGCCUUGGGAUUUCCACGCUGGAAAAAUGAUCGUGUGAGAAAAUUAUAUAAUUUGAAGGGAAGGGAAAUCAGAAGUGUUUCUGACUUCUUUAGAGAGGGUGAUGCUUUCAUAGCUAUGGGAAAGGAACAAUUAACCCUGAAAAUCCUUGAAAUGGCAAUCCAAGAACUUUUUCCAGAUAACCCUUAUGCUCCUCUUAAUGGGGCUUCAGAAAAUUGGGAACAACCUCAGAAGUCCAAACACAGGAUGUAUGAAAAGGCUUCCAAGUUAGAAAAGAGCCUUGAACCCACAGUUGCUAAGAACUGCAUGGAUGUCAUGUCUCCUAAACUAAUUAACAAGCAUGACAUAAAAGCUCAUACCAGGAACAGACAGGAAGAGAAAAUGAGACCCAAAAAGAGAUGGGUAAGAGACAACUGGCAUGGGGAAUACGAUGUGAAGCCUUCUAGAAAACUUAGAGAAAUUGAGAGAUAUUUUAAUGAAGAGAGAAAUCCUGAAAGCGAAGCUGAAAAAAGUUCAGAUACAAUUAUCAGAUGUGAGAAAUGUGAAAGAGAAAGACAGCUGAGGCAAAAACUGCAAAAAGAAAGACAGGAUGAUCUUCCAUUUUUGAGCAGAGACUUGAGUGGAAGAACAUGUAAGAGAUACAAUGUUGAAAAGCCUGCAAAAUUGAGAAAUUGCAGGAAAUUAUCAGAAAACUCCGUGGAAGAAGCUGAAGUUACAUGGAAUGAAGCCAGUUGUCAGAGUACAUGGACAACUUCACACAGUCGUGUCAGUAAAGAUCUUGAGAAGCAAAAACGAAGUAUUGAUAGGGAUCAGAUCCUGCAGAACAAUGAUGUAGAAUUAGGAAAAAUGAAGACAAAGCCACUAGAAAGUCAGCACACUAUAGUAGGAGAUACCUAUGAGCUAAAGAAGGAACACAGAAAAUGUUCUAGAAUGAAUCAGAGCUGUUGGUUAAUAAAAAGUUCGCAGAUUGAUGCAGAGAAGCGAACAAAAGUUCAGGGAAAGAGAGAAGAUGUACAGAAAUUAAAAGAAGAAAAUACUGGAGAAGAGAAAGUGGGGCAUGGGGAGAGUGAACAGGUUAGUCAUGAAAGGGAGGAAGAACUUAAAAUUAACAAAGAAGGAAAUAAAACUUAUAAGACCAGUGAUGUACAACUGAGACAUAAUGUCUCUAGCAGAGCAGAUGUGGAGAAUUGCUAUGAAAUUGGCAGAACUAUUGGAGAUGGGAACUUUGCUGUUGUGAUGGAAUGUCACCAUCGAAGCACCAACCAGAUCUAUGCAAUGAAAAUCAUUGAUAAAUCGAAGCUGAAGGGAAAGGAGGAUAUGCUAGAAAAUGAAAUCUUGAUAAUCAAGAGUCUCUCUCACCCCAACAUUGUAAGCCUGAUUGAAGUAUUUGAAACUGAAGCAGAAAUUUACCUAAUCAUGGAAUAUAUCCCUGGUGGAGACUUAUUUGAUGCCAUCAUAGAGAGUGUGAAGUUCACAGAACAUGAUGCCGCUCUCAUGAUAACUGAUCUAUGUGAAGCUCUUGUAUAUAUUCACAGCAAGAACAUUGUUCAUAGAGAUCUCAAGCCUGAAAAUCUUCUGGUUCAGCGUAAUCCAGAUAAAACUACCACAUUGAAACUGGCAGAUUUUGGCCUUGCAAAGCAGGUGACAAGACCGAUAUUCACUGUGUGUGGAACUCCAACUUAUGUUGCUCCUGAAAUACUUGCUGAAAAUGGCUACGGUUUAGAAGUUGAUAUGUGGGCUACUGGUGUAAUACUCUAUAUUUUACUUUGUGGCUUCCCCCCCUUUCGAAGUCAUGAACGCGAUCAGGAGGAGUUAUUUCAAAUUAUACAGCUCGGACAUUAUGAAUUUCUCUCUCCAUACUGGGACAACAUUUCAGCUGCUGCAAAAGAUCUGAUAAACCGACUCCUGGUAGUUGAUCCUAAAAAGCGUUAUACCGCUCAACAAGUUCUUCGGCAUCUGUGGAUCCAUACAGCUGGAAAAAACAACAAUAGAAAUCUCCAAAGAGAAGUGACCAUCAAUCUGGAGCGACACUUUCGAAGUCAGCGCAAGUCAGAAGUUACCAAAGAAGACUCAUAAAGGAUCAUAUCCACUGAGGACAACUUACUUCUUCCAUUCUGUACUGAUACAAUCUUCUUUCAGAGAUAAAACGUUAGGCAAAUUCAUUACUUCUGUUGGGACUGAAGUCUGCUGAGCACAUCUUUAUGACUGACCUUCUAUGAUGUCAUGCAGUCACAUCCUGAUUCUUUUUAUAGAUCAGUUUUUCAUUUUUAAAAAGGAAUUAUUUUUAAAUGAACAAAUUAAAGCCUUGAAUACCCACCUGAAAUGUGGGAAAAGGCAAGACUUUUGAUUCAGUUGCCAUGUGUUUUGAUGAUUAAGACAUUUUUCUUUGGCGUUCAAAGUAGAGGAAGAUGGGAUCAUUGGUGGUGGUGAAAUACAUGCAGUCUUUUCCAUAGAUACCUAAACAGUUACUUAGUGUUAAACUACUUAUUUAUAUGUUUCUUUCUUACACCUGUCUUUAGGAAUUAGGAAAGGCACUCUUGUUACAGAAACAUAUUUUUAAAAUAGAUCUUGAAAAAUGUGAGUUAUAUAAGAACUUGUCAAACUGCUGGUUAAAUGGAUAAGACUGAAUGUAUUUUUGAACCAUUCACAUAAGUUAAAUUUAUUUACAUAAAGGCCAGGUUCCAAAGAAUUAUUUUAGGCAUGCUUAAUGUCUUGGGAAUUGGACUAGCUACCUGGAUUUUUUAAUUAGAAAUCGAGAGAAUCUCUCUCUCUUUUUUUUAAAAAAAAUCUUGGUUUCAAAAACAUGCUGUGGCAUGAGUUGCUUAAGUGAUACGAAUUUAAAGAUCCUUUGGGGCAUGUAUAACUACCUUUUUUGGCACCAUGCUAUUGAACAUAUCCUUGAUAUUCUAUAUUUUGAAUAUUUAAAAUGUUUGUAUAUUGGGGGUGGGAGUGAUUUCUUGUAUAAACUAUGUAUAAUGCAUGCCAGGGCUUUGUUUUAAUUGUGUGUAGAUACAUACUACACUUUGGGUUCAGAAUAGGGAUGAAUAGAACAGAACAGAACAGAGAUGGGUAGUGACAAAUCUGAUAUAUAAAUAAGUAAAAUAAAAAAUAAUGAGAAAAAUUAAUAGGUUAUUUACUUUUCCUUAUCCAAAAAGAGAGAGAGAGAUGGGACUAAAUAAAGAAAAGAAGCCCUCUUCUUUUAGGUAAGCUGCUAGAUACAUCCCAGAUAUGUCUGUGUCUUUAUGCAUGUUUUGAUUAUGUCCAAUAUUAUAUAACCAGAAUAUUUUUUGUGUGUUGUGAUUUUUUUCUUAGGACCUUCCUGUUUAAAUUGGUACUGUGAAUUGUGCAUCAGACAGAGUUGCUGCUUUGAUAAAACUGGUAGUAGUAAGUCUGGACCUUGGAAAAGAACUAUCUGAGGUUGCAAUCUGGAAUAGUAAGCUGCCUUGGCUGUUAGAUUUAGAUCUCAGAUGUGGAAGGAAUUGGCAAUAUGAAUCCUGAGAUACAGCCACCUCUGUUAUAAAUAGUGAAGGAUUGACCAUUGAUCCCAAUUUAAUCCCUAGAGCACUGGCUUAUAGCUGUUCCUUGUAGGGAUCCAGCUUCUGUGUUUGAUUCUUGAUAUAGAUCUGGCUAUGGCUUACUGUGGCUCUGACAAUACUGUGAUAAGCGACGGGAAGAAACACAAAGGGAUAACAGAUAAAAAAAUAGGGAGAUUUUUUUAAAAAAAAUUAAUGCUCAUUGUGUGUGUGUGCGCGCGCGUGUGUGU